AUGGAAAUAGCUGAAAUAAAUGAUAAGUAUACAUGUGACAAUCUCUUAAAAAAAAAAACCCUUCUCACUGUCUCUAUCGUAUUCCCUCCCCAGUCCCCAUCCUGCCCAAAUCCUCUAGCCGCCCGGACGAGAGGUGCGCCGCCACGCCUGAGCCCGCCCGGCCGGCAGUCCUCCGCGCCACCACUGCUGAGCCCGUCCGCCCGCCCGCCCGCCCGGCCGUCCUCCUCUUCCUCCCUUUCCCUCAACCCCGCCGACCCAAUCAUCGAGCCCGCGUCCCGUCGCCGCACACGUCUCCCGCCUCGCCACCGCGGCCCCUGCACGCCGGAGCCCGCGCCGCCGUCUCCCGCCUCGCCACCGCGGCCCCUGCACGCCGGAGCCCGCGCUGCCGUCUCCCGCCUCGGCACCGCGGCCCCUGCACGCCGGAGCCCGCGCGGCCGUCUCCCGCCUCGCGUGUGCGGCGCACGCACGCCGGAGCCCGCGCGGCCGUCACCCGCCUCGCGUGUGCGGCGCCCGCACGCCGGAGCACUUGCGGCCGUCGUCCGCCUCGCCGGCGCGGCGCCUGCACGCCGGUGCCAGCGCGGCCUUCCUCCUCCCGGCCUGCUCGGCGCCUGCACGCCGGAGCCCGCGCUGAACCCCGCCCACCCUGGUCCAGACGCGCCCGCUCCUCUGCGCUGCCGCAGACCCCCCCCCCCCCCCCCCCUGUCGCAUUAUGCCGCAGCGGCAGCUGUCGGUAACCUGGCCGAGAGGAAGGCCUAG